GACACGAACACAUCAAGUAACGGUAACCAGUAUCCACAAAAUAGCCAGUGUUCCUGUUCUUGUUCACAGAGCAAGAAAUCUUUGAGAUGGAGUAUACUGUUACUGAUCCUCUUAGUUGUAAGAACAAGUCAAUCACAUAUUUUGUUGUCUCAAGGAAUCGAUUCGAAGUAUCUUGAAAAAGGGUUUGGGAUUUAUUCAAAAAGCAAAAGAAGCGAGAUGGUUCUGAGGAAACCAAAAGGUCAUCUUUCUCUUGUUAAUGGAGGAGGAUUCCAGAACAGAAAGUGUGUCGCUAAUGGAGUAGGAUCUCAAAGGAAAAGCUCUGAAUCUGUUGAUCACUGGGAUUUUCUGGAAGAAAUUGAAGCACCAAUGUGGGUAGACCUAACGUUAGAGACGAAGUUAAUGGACCAGGAUAUUCAUGAUGCUUGGUUUCAAGUCGCCCACCGGUUCCAUCAGUGCUCAUCCCACAAAUUAAUGUCUGCAUUUUCUCUUUCCGGUGAAGGGAUCGGAAACUCAAACUCAGAGUUGCUUGGGUCUAAUUCUCCCACGUUACCGCCUUCUGUGUCAAAAUCAAGAGGUAAAGAUUAUAGGAGCAGGAAAUGGGGAGAGGGUAAUGAUGGUGUUUCCCUGAACAAGCAGCAUCCUAUUGGGAGUUUAGGCCUGAGAAUGUCACGGAUGGUCAGGGGAUCGGUACAAGAAAUGAAACCCAUAGACAAAUUUGGAAAUCAGAAAGACACUGUCACUAAGAAAAAAAGAGUGAUUCGCGUUAGCAGUAGAACAGCCUCAAUGAGAUCCAAUUCUUCCAAGACAAUGUCAACUUUCAGAGAUGCUAAAAGUAGUUCACUUGUGAAAUCUUGUGUUACAAGUGAGAGUAAUUCAACUAGCACUACAACUGAAAACACUCAGCAACAACUACAGGAUACUUCUGAAAUAUCACAUCAAACCUCUGGUUUGACGACUGGUUUCUUUUGGGCUGAUAGGAUUAGGCUCACAAGGACUGGUGUUUUGAGACGGCCUUCAAGGGUGGAGAUCAAGCACUCAAAUGGCAAUAAAUCCUCUUCAAGCAAGCCCAGUGGUUUACCAAACUUAAACCCUGGAAAACAAUCAACCUCGUCAAGUAAGUCAUCAAGUGUAGGUUCCUCCAUGAACCCUAGAUGUGAUCUCAAGGAGACAACUCUCUCAGCUGUUGUGAACAGCUAUACAACGCCAGAAAGCAGGAAAGCUACCAGCUUCGGUCAAGCUGUCAAGCACCAGAAGCAGAAGGCUUCAAAUGUAUCUAAAACAUCUAGAAUUCAAGAUCCAGGCCUGACAUCUAGUUCUCAAUUGGGACAGAAAGCCCUAGAUAUAAAAUCCACUAACCAAAGUUCAAGGGUUCUAUGUCAAAUUGAGCCUACAAAUGCAUUGCAGCUCGGUAAGAUACGAAAAUCAUCUCAUGUUUACAUGAAAGCUGAAGAGAUGGUGGGAACUCGAAGGUCCAAUAGGGUGGCUGGCAACAGGAAUGUAAAUGCUAGAGGAAGCAUGGUCUUGGGCCAGAUCUCAGGUGGCAAAGAAAAUGCUGCUGGAGGCAUUCAAACCAGGAAAUUAACAAAGCAAAGUGUAAAAGUAAAGAAUGCCAUGGGGUUGUCUGAUAUCAGGGUUCUAUGUCAAACUGAGCCAACAAAUGCAUUGCAGCUCGGUAAGGUACAAGAAUCCUCGCAUGUUUACAUUAAAGCUGAAGAAAUGGCAGGCACCAGAAGGUCCAGCAGGGUGGCUGGUAGCAGGAAUGUGAAUGCAAGAGGAAGCAUGGUCUUGGGUAAGAUCUCCAGUGGCAAAGAAAAUGCUGCUGCAGGCAUUCCAGGUCAGAAACUAAAAAAGCGAAGUAUAGAAGUAAAGAAUGUCACGGGAUUGUCUGAAAUUAAGAGAAAACCCAAAAGUGGUAAUCAAAGUAACGGUCCGGCGGAUGCUGUUCAGAGGAUUUACUUUCGAUAAGAGUGCUGCAGUUCAGCAAAAUUUGUAUAUACAGUGUAAAUAAACUUCUUUCUUUUUCAAUUUUACUCUGGAGAGGAUGACAUGGGGAUAGGUUUAGCUGGCUGUGGCAUGAAUUAUGGAUCAGCUGUCAUUGGCUUGAGUGGCCUCUGAUCAAUAGCCUUUCCUGUUCAGAUAUGUUUUCUUCUUAUAUUGACAACUCUUACACUACUAAUAUUCAUAUAGAGCUUGAAAUAAUCUGAUAUUGGUCA